AUGCGUAGUAUAUAUGCAAUAGUGUCUCCAAGUAGCCUAAUCAUUUGCAAGAGUUUCAACCAUGAACACCAGUGUGAUUUUCCUGUGCUGCUUGUGGCUGUCGCCAUUGCCCGUCCAGACAGACCCGUCCACGACGGGUACGGGUAUUCUGCCCCUGAUCAUAAACUGUCCUACGGGCAUGAGAAAUAUGAGAAGGGAAUGCCUUUCGACUUCAACUACGACGUCAAGGACCACUACAAGGGGCUCGACUACGGCCACAACUCCAACUCCGACGGGAACCUCGUGACCGGGAAGUACUACGUCCUCCUCCCCGACGGUCGCACUCAGAUCGUCACUUACACCGCCGACCACUACAAGGGCUACCAGGCUGAGGUCGCCUACGAGGGGGAAGCUAAGUACCCUGAACCAGGGCAUUACAAGGCUGCCCCUCCUACGGUCAUCCUGCCCCCGCUUAUGGGACGCCAGCUCCAUCCUACGGUCAUCCUGCUCCCCCUACUUAUGGGACGCCAGCUCCAUCCUACAGUCAUCCUGCCUCCUACUUAUGGGGACGCCAGCUCAUCCUACAGUCCAAUCCUACCCCUUUUUAUGGACACCAGCCCCUUGCCUACUGAGUUAUAG